UAAGCUUUGGCUUCACAGGUGAUACUUUUCUGUCCAUUUUCCAGCUCCAUAUUAAAAGACGAGAAAUCUGUGAAGAAAAAGUGGGUCAAGAAAAUGAGAGAAACCCAUCAUUUUUACAGGGGUUAUUAAAUCUUUACCAAUCAGGGAAAACUUUCUGUUUGUUUCCCGAGAAAAAGGAACUUAAUAGGAACAAGGAAGAAGCGCUGCAGAUCUUUUUUCCAAGAUUAGUAUCGUUAACAAUUCUUGAAUUGCCUGUUGAAAUGGCAAUAAAAAGAUCAAAGCUUUCUGAUUUGGAAUAUGACUUUUCAACAGCCAAGUUGAAAAAGCAAUCAGAUUUUGAUUGAUUAUGACACUUCUCCUAAUUCGGACAAGUGCUCAAACUUCCAACUUCCUAAAGCAUCAAACUUUCAUACAGGAGGAGUUGGCCUGUGUUCUUCCCUCUUCCCAUUAUAUGUUACGCUUCGAUUCAAGCGUCGAUAUCGAUUUCUUUUUUGCUUGCCCUAUUCGUUAUCUUGUCUGAAGUGAAUCUUGUUCAGUUGUUUUCGCCUUAUCGGCCGAAGCUAGAUCACCUGGAAACUCUGUCCUCGGGGUUGUUUUGAACAGAUAAUACUCUCCAAGGCAUUACAGGCAGGGCGAUGAGUAGGAUGUCCGGUGAAAUGAUGGGUUUGGAGGAGGCGUUUCUCGAGAAGAAGAAAGAGGAGAUGAAGCUUGAAUGCCCGAUUUGCUUCGAGCCAUUCGAUAUAUCUCACAAUGCUCCUCUCGUUCUAUGGUGCGGGCACACUCUCUGCAAGAGCUGCGUCUCGAGACUUCACCGAGCCGUCCUGAAAUUCUCGAAACUGCACCCAAUCUCUCUUCCGUUCCUUGUGUCUUGCCCGUGGUGUAGCUCCUUUUCCCCGAAGCUAACUUUCAAAGGGAUUCUUAGGUUCCCGAAGAAGAACUACUUUGUGUUGUGGAUGGUCGAUAGCGCAGGAAGCAACGGCCAGAUUAGACUCGAGGACCCGAGCUUGACAGGUUUUGAUGCUCGGGUCCUCCUCGGCUCCCUCUGGAAGUCUCUCUUCGGGUACCUAACGACGGAACGAGUCUUCAGGCUAGUGUUUCUCGUGAUCUUCAUGGCUCUAUAUGCAGCUCAAGUAAGCACAGUCCUCUUAGCUCUCUACUCCCUCACUGUCCUCUUAGGAUCGGUUUUCUUGCUCCUUCCCGAACUCUGUUUACCAGCAAUCGGUUUAGCUGCUUAACCAGAGGGAAGAAUUCCUAAACCGCCAAAACUCGAAACCUCUCCGAAAUUAUCGAUAUUUGACUCAGUAUGUGAAGCCUAAUAUCGGUUGUUGACUGUGUUCGUAGUGUGAAAUCUUCGGUACUGGCGUCUAUCCGGAGAAAUUAUCGAUGAUCUCUUUGAUUAAAUUUUCCGGCAUAGGGGUCUAACCGGGGAAAUCAAUCACCAGCGUUUAGAUACCGGGGUUGUCCCCUAUGUAAAUUUUCCGGUAUGGGUGGUUAGCCGGAGAAGUUAUCCUAGAUGUUGGUAGGCAUUCUGGUAUGGAAGUCUAACCGGAGAAAAUAUUGGUACUGUGGCGUACCUCGGGUUCCGGUUUGGUAUAUGUACAGUGUGAGGAAAAUAUGUAAAAUGCUUGUAUAGUGAAUAAUUGAGCAGAAGGCGUAAAAUAAUUUGUGUACAAGUAUAUACAUUAUACAUUUUUAUUAUAAUAUAUAUAAUAUAUAUUCUUUGUA